UUAAACUCAUAUUGCUUAUCACUGGACCAAAUAAUUAAAUAACCAUUCUAAUAAGCAUAAACUAUAAAAAUGUUACGUAUGACAUCAACUUCAUUUGAUUAACUUAUCUUCUCUUGAAAUAUGUCAAAAACGUAAAAAGAAAAAGACAUAUUAAACAGGAGCACAGUUUACGUGACUUUUAGCUGAAAAGGACUGCUUUUGAAUUUUACAUAAUGGCCAGCGAAUACUUGACAAACAAAUGGAAAAUGUGGUUCAAGUGGCUCGAUAUAAAUAAAGACGGAAAACUAGACUCCAAGGACAUGAAUGCAGCUAGGGAAAGAUUCGUUGAGCUUAAUGACUUUGAUGCAGUGAAGACAAAAGCGGCGAUGGAUAUCUUUGAGAAUUGGUGGAAGGACUUCAUUUUCCGUGGAAAAGUUGAACUAUCAGAAGAAGAGUUCAUCGAGUCUAUGAACGAGGGAUUCAAAACAGACAAAGAUGAAUUCAUAGAAAGAAUGCGCAGAUGCUUCCAAGUCGCUUUUAAUGUAGUCGACAUCAACAGUGAGCAAAAUAUAGAUGAAGAAGAAUUUAUUGUUGGUUUUAGAACAUCUGGGCAUGAAAAUAUAGAACUCAAUAAAAAGUUUUUCGAGAUGUACAAUCCCAAGAAGGGUUUAGUUUCUGUGCAUGAUCUUGUGGAAUCUUGGGUUCAGUUUACCACCUCGGAGGAUAUGUCAAAGCACGAUAUUGUGAAAGCGGCAUUUGAAUUAGGUGUUUGACAGUAUGUUACAUAUACAGUUGUAUUAUAUGAUUACAGUUAAAGGAGUUUUGUUUGAUGGGAAUGACAUUUAUUACACAGAAAGACAUUAUUAUGAUGUUGAAUAUAUUGUAAAAGUUUGCGAAACAACGCAAUUGCGAAGUUAUUAUCGCCGAGUAGAUUGCUCAGUGAGAAAUUAUCCAUGAUUUUACUCUGAUAUUGAGAAAAUAUUGUACAGUA